UAGCUAGCUGCCACAAGGGGGGCGCUUUUUAUUUGGUCUACAUCUAUCAAAUUGCAGAUUUAUUGAGCACAGAGUACAAAACCUACUAUGAUUAAAUAAUACCUCCACGGCUCCACGUCUGGUUUCAACAAAACGAGCGACGCGUCUAAUUAGAUGAAACAUCCAUUCAAUUAUUACUUUUGAACUUUCCUGAAAUAUACAAACCAUAACAAGAUCCUGCUACGUAUUUCUCUCGAAAAACCAAAACAAAAAUUCUUGCUGCAGAAUAAUAUUCUUUACACAUUCUUCUUUCUUUUUUUUCUCGAAAUUUAAACUUUUUAAUCUUUUGAAGAUCAUAAAAAAGAGAUUAACAAAUGAUAAAAUGAUAAAAUACCGUCAGAUAUGGUCCACUCACGGGGAAUGAAGGAAUCUUGUAUAUCUUCGAUGCUCCCAAAAUUACUAUUUUUAUACUUUUUUUCUGGUAACACAUAAUCACAAGUUCCGUCCGUCUCCGCCACAACAACACGAUCUUCAAGACUUCUCCUUUUUUUUUGUUGCCUUCUGCUUCAUCACUUUGUGUGCGUCGUAAACAAAUAUAUCUCCAUUGAUUUCAAACUAUUCAUAUUCUUCUUUGUAUUCUACUUCCUCUGUUUUCUCUUUAUUUAUUUCCCUUAUCACAUAUGCUCUGUUUUUUCUAAUCUUUGAGAGAGUCUUUAAUUUUUGGUUUAACAAAAACCGAGUAAGACCCGGUUCCAAAUCUAAACCGGAAAUGCCACCGCCGAUAUUUCCUCUCCGGUGGGAAAGCACCGGAGACCAGUGGUGGUACGCUUCACCGAUCGAUUGCGCUGCCGCGAACGGUCUAUACGACGUUGUCAUCGAGCUUCUUCACCAAGACACAAACCUCCUCGUUAAACUCACUUCCCUCCGCCGUAUCCGCCGCCUCGAAACCGUCUGGGACGACGGAGACGGUAACAACUGCCACGUGGCUCUUAACCGCUCCCGCGUCGCUAAAAGACUACUAGAAGAGUGCGAAAUCGGGAACGGAGAUAACUCCCUCAUCAGAGCUGGCUACGGCGGCUGGCUGCUUUACACCGCCGCUUCCGCCGGAGAUUUAGAAUUCGUGAAGAAGCUUCUAGAGAGAGAUCCACUUCUCGUGUUCGGUGAAGGAGAAUACGGUGUCACUGAUAUCCUCUACGCGGCCGCACGAGGUCGAAACGACGACGUGUUCCGUCUCGUUCUCGACUUCGCUUUGUUACCGGCUGAUAUCGCCGGCGUCGAAGAAAUCAACGGCGAAAAGUUAACAGAGAAACAGUUAAUAGUAAAAGAGGAGAUGGUAAAAAGAGGAGUCCACAGUGCCGCGAGAGGCGGACACGUGACAAUCCUCGAUGAACUUUUACCCUCUGGCAAAUACGACGACGUUUCAAAACUCAGAGAUGCGUUUGGUUCUACUCUGUUACACUCUGCUUCUAGCAGAGCUCAAAUCGAAGUGGUGAAGUAUCUUGUAUCCAAGUAUGAUUCGAUCAUGGAGGUUCAAGAUAGCCAUGGAAACACAGCGUUACAUAUAGCUGCUUACAAGGGUCAUUUAGAUGUAGUGGAGGUUCUUAUUAACGAAUCUCAACCGUUGAUUUCCAUUGUUAACGGAGAUGGUGACACGUUUCUUCACACGGUCGUCUCUGGUUUUGCUGCGUCCGGGUUUAAACGGUUGGACCGGCAGAUGGAGCUUCUGAAGAAGUUAGUCUCAGGAGGGGGAGGAAGCUGUUCCGUUGACUUUUCUGAGAUUGUCAACGUUAGAAAUUGUAACGGAAGAACUGUGGUUCAUCUAGCUGUGAUGGAUAAUCUUAACGCCGUUAGACCUGACGUCGUUGAGAGUCUGUUGAGAAUCCCUGGCGUUGAUCUUAACGUCGUUGAUUCGUACGGGAUGACGGCCAUUGAUUUGCUUAAACGGCAAACGCCGAAAACGCUCGUUUCUGAGUUGUUGAUCAAACGGCUUGUUGCCGCUGGUGGGAGAACAAACUGCGGUGAGAGCGUUUCGAGGUUUAGAGAAGAGCGUUAUGGAUUCUGCGGUAGUCCAGGAACUUCGUUUGAGAUAUCUGAUUCUGAGAUUUUUCUAUUCACGGCGGCGAGAACGGAUCACACCGCUGAGUUAAGAAGUCCAGACAGAGAGAGUUUCGAUGGGAUCAGUGAGUGUUCGACUGAAAUCUCCACGCAUUCUAAACGCAAACGCCGCGGUGGUGGUGGCGGCGGGGGAACAGGAGCGCGUCUUAAGCUUCUUUUACGGUGGGCGAAGAAGGAAGAGUCGGAGGAGAAUCGACGUUUCUCAGGAGAUAACAACAACCGUCGUGUUCCUCUCAGAGAGAUGUAUUCGCCGUCGGGUUGUAACAGAGGAGAAAGAGCGUUUCCGAUGAGAACAGAGAGUGGUGAUCUCCCGAGUUUAUCAGUGAGAUUGAAAUUUACUCAAGGGUUGAUGAAAGGUGUCGUGGUUCAGGAAUCUCCGAGAUUCGUGUUCUCUCCUCCGGCGGUUUCUGAUUACUCUGGAGCUCCGUCGUCGGCUUGCUCGUCGCCGUUUCAGACGGUUUCUUCGGAAUUAGGGAGAAGAACACCAGCGAUGAAGAAAAAGGGAUCUUUUAUGGACAGAUACUUGUCUUUUGGGGGUAAAGGAUUAGCCAUUGAUGGUUCUUCUGAGAUGAAUAGUGGCUCUGGUCAUCGUCUCCGUCCACGGAGUUUCAAACGAGCCAUCUCUUUGGUUUCUUCUUGAAAUCACAUAGUUUUCUUUUGUCACACGUAAUCUUUACCCUUUAACUCAAGGGGUUACAUUUAAAUUCAUAUAAUUGUAAGAAAAGGGAAAUAAAAAUAGAUUCUUGGUUUUAAUAAAAGGAAAACUGAAGUUUGAAAGUAUUAUUUUCGGUUUUUUUUUUUAAAUUGGGAUAAUUGGUAAUUUAUAUA